AUGGUCUGGUCCGCCAAGGCCGACUCCCCAGUCUCUCUUUUGGACAGUAACUUUGUGUUGGACAAGGAUGGCAAUGCCUACCUGAAGUCUGCCGCAGGAUCCGUCCUCUGGACCGCCAACGCCUCCAGCAAGGGUGCCUCCAUGCGGCUGCUGGACUCCGGCAACCUCGUUGUGCUGGGUAGAGAUAACACCUCAACCUCUCCUCUUUGUUCCAGCUUCAGCAACCCAACAAACACGCUCGUUUCUGGACAGGUCUUCGUCGUCGGCAUGGCCCUGAAGAACAUGGCGUAUAGGCUCGAGAUCAAGUCCCGCGACAUGAUGAUGUACUACACGGGACUGGAGAGAUCCCAGCCGUACUGGUCUGCAACGACGGAUAUCAGGACGAUCACCGGCAGGAAAGGUGACAUAUACUCUGUGAAACUCGGCUUAGCUUCUUGGUACUUCUAUGAUCGAUCCAGGUCGCUUGUAUCACAGAUUUUCAUUCCAAAUGAUGACGGUGAUGCCAUCGCCAACACCAACGGCACGCUGACUGCUGUACUAGGUGGAGAAGGAUCCAUUGCCUUCAGCAUCCUGCAGAAUGGGAGUGGACGGAGGGUGCUCAUUUAUGUUGGUCUCUGCAUUUAUGGAAGGAAAACACAAGGUCAAGCAGAAGAGUAUGGAUAUCUGGAGACGAUAGCUGGAGCGCCUACACAGUUCACUUACAGGGAGCUCCAAGCUGCAACAAACAACUUCUUUGACAAGAUUGGCAAGGGAGGAUUUGGAUCCGUGUACCUUGGGACGCUCCCAGACGCAAGCUGCAUCGCUGUGAAGAAGCUGGAGGGCGUAGGCCAAGGGGAGAAAGAGUUUCGCUCUGAGGUGACGAUAAUCGGCGGCAUCCGCCACAGACAUCUGAUGGCCAAGGGAUCUCUACAUAGGUGCAUUUUUUGUACUAAAGAAGACGAUGCUCCCCUUUUGGACUGGGAUACGAGGUUCUACAUCGCACUUGGGACAGCGAAGGGCCUGGCAUACCUUCAUCAGGAUUGCGAGUCGAAGAUCAUACACUGUGACGUCAAGACUGAGAAUGUUCUGGUUGAUGACAACUUCACUGCAAAGGUAUCCGAUUUUGGCCUUGCCAAACUGAUGAGCAGAGAACAAAGCCAUGCCUUUGUGAUGCUGAGGGGCACCCGGGGCUAUCUUGCGCCGGAGUGGAUCACCAACCGCGCCGUCUCAAAGAAGUGUGACGUCUAUAGCUAUGGGAUGGUCCUGCUCGAAAUAAUUAGCGGGAGGAGGAACUUUCAUCCCAUGGAGGUCUAA